UUCGUUAUUCCUCGCGACGUGUAACGUGUUUGAGUGAAAUGAAUGGGUGUGGCUUUUAAGGCUUUACUGAAACACUAAAGACUAAACAGUGAAUGUGAAACUGUCUUGUUAACGUCUUUAAUUACUCAAUACGAAUACCUGUCAUGAAUAAAAAUCAAGCGACGACAAUUCGAAAAACAAAGCGGCUCUCUGGUGCACAGUAUCUAAAACGCAAGCUCGAGAAGGAUGAAGAAAAGAAAAAACUGUCGCACUCACUUCAUAAAUACUUGAAAAAAGAUUAUCAACGUACUGAUUUAACCAAUGAACCUGAAACCAGUGGUAUGAGUUGUGCGUCAACCUCCUCAAAUGUCGUAGUUUCGGGGGAAUCGGGGAAUGCCAGACUGGAAUCAAAAUCUCCACCUUCAGAUGCAGAUGCCGAUGAUAAUGAUAACAUUGAUAUUGAUAACAGCGAGUGUAGCACCAUUCAACGAUUAACACUAACAUCAGUUGCAUUAGGCGAAGUCAGUUGCAAUACGAUUCUCCAGGAUAGUGUAGAUAUUAUUGAAGAUGACAAUUUUGCUGAACCAGCUGAAGAUGAAAUGCAACAAGAACAAGAUGUUGAUAUCUUACCAUUACCAGAACCAGAACAACUUGAUCUAACUGAUGCUGCUUAUUGGCCAUCCUCCCUUAGCACAAAUAUUAUUGACAUUAUAGUGAAAAAUAGACCCGUGCAAAUCCGAAAUUUAAAUUUUCCAAAGAGUGGAUCCGCUGGAUCCGGUCGAUUUUCAAAUAAUUACUAUAGUAGAAAAUUAGCCAAUGGCGAGUGUGUGAACCGAGAUUGGUUGAUUUAUUCUAAAAGUAAAGACGCUGUCUUCUGUUUCUGUUGCAAACUUUUUUCGAAAAUGCCGAUGAAGUUAAUAAACGAAGGAUACUCGGACUGGAAGCACUUAAGCAACACCUUGUCAAGACACGAAAAGAGUACACAGCACAUAGAAAGCUAUAAGAAGUGGAUCGAUCUAGAAAAAAGGCUCUUAAAUUUAACAACUAUAGAUUCUAAAGAACAGCGUCUACUUGAGAUGCAAGUCAAAUAUUGGCAAAAUGUUAUUGAGCGUCUUAUUGCAAUAAUUCAGUUUUUGGCUAGUCAAUGUUUAGCCUUCAGAGGAACCUCUACUAAAUUAUUUGCACACAACAAUGGAAACUUUUUGCAAUGUGUACAAAUGAUUUCGAAAUUUGAUCCUGUAAUGUCGGAACAUUUGAAGAAAAUUCAGACAUUUAAAAAUAAAAAAAGCCUGCCACAUUAUUUAGGAUAUAAAUUUCAGAAUGAAAUAAUUUCUUUACUGUCAAACACUAUCCAGAUGCAAAUAAUUGAACUAGCCAGGAAAGCGAAAUAUUAUUCUAUUAUUUUAGAUUGUACGCCUGAUUGCAGCCACGUCGAGCAAAUAUCUGUAAUUAUUCGCUUCGUUUCCUUAGCCGAUAAAGUCGAAAUUCGGGAACAUUUCCUUGGAUUCUAUCCCGUUACUAAUACUACAGGUCAAGGGCUGUAUGACUUUAUUACCAAAAAGUUGUUAGAUACAGGGUUGGACAUUGCAGACCUCAGAGGGCAAGGAUAUGCCAAUGGGGCUAAUAUGCGAGGUAAAAACAUAGGUUUACAAAAGAAAAUUCUAGAACAAAAUCCAAGAGCCGCAUUUAUCCCGUGUACAGCCCAUUCGCUCAAUCUUGUUGUAAACGAUAGCGCUAAAGUGACUUUGGAAGUGGUUGAGUUUUUUAAUUUUGUUCAAGAGUUGUAUACUUUUUUCUCGUCAUCAACAUACAGGUGGGAUAUUUUAAAGAAGAAUGUAUCUAACUUGACCCUGAAAUCGGUGAGUGCGACAAGAUGGGAAAGUCGUAUUGAAGCUAUCAAGCCGUUGAGAUUUCAGUUGGGAGAAAUUUACGUCAGUUUAAUUGAAUUGCUUGAAGAUGCGAGUCGCGACAUCGAUACGAAACACCAAGCCAAAGUCUUUGCCCAAAAAAUAUGUACUUUCAAAUUUAUUUGUUCCACAGUAAUUUGGUAUGAUGUAUUAUCUAAAGUAAAUAUCGUUAGUAAGACAUUACAAGGUUCAAAAUUAAAUGUUUAAAAUGCGGUUCAAACAUUAUCUCAGUUAAUAGAAUAUUUCAAAUCCCUAAGAUCUGAAGACAGUUUCGAAAAUUAUGUAGAGUGUGCCAAAAAUGUAGCAACCGAUGUGGAAUUGGAAAAUUUGGAAUUUCCAGAUAUAAGAACUGUACGACAACGAAAAAAGAAGCGUCAGUUCGAUUACGAAUGUCAGGAUGAACCGGUAUUAGAUCCCAAAGCCAACUUUAGAACCAACUUUUAUUAUGUCUUAAUUGAUAAAGCCAUAGGUUCCAUGGAGGAACGAUUUGAUACAUUACAUCAACAAUUGGAAAAAUUCAGUGUACUUUUCGACUUUGUCGAAUUAUCUAAUGAAGCGAUCAAGGAGAAAUCGUUGGUUUUGCAGGAAUAUUUACAAGAUCCAAGGACAGGCGAGUCGGAUAUUGAUUCACAAGAGUUAUGCGAAGAACUCGAGUCUUUGAAGAUCUUUGUAACCGGACAGCAAACCAUCAAGUGUG